UUCACAGCGGAAACUCAAAAAAUUUUCAAAAAUCCACAAAAAUGGAGAGUUGUCGAUGUUGUUGUGAGGAAAAAAAUGAAUUGCUGGACAUGAAAACGACAAAAGAUGACAAAACUCAAAAAUUCGUUGUCGAUUGUUUCGUGUCAAUUACAAAAUUGUCCCUUCAAGAAGUUGAGAUCAACACAAAAAUCUGCCAAAAAUGCCACAGUGAAUUACUUCAAGCCUUCCAUUUCCAACAAAAUGCGUUAAUGGCUCAUUUUAGACUGAAAAACGCGUGGAUGCCUGAUUUAAAGCCCGAUUUCGAAGAGUUACAAAUUAAAAUUGAAGUUCCCAAAGAUGAAAUUAUCGCUGAAUCGCCGAAAAUUCUGCAGUUCAAGGCACGGAAGAAACGAAAACCUUCCUCGGAGACCCUCGAAUGUCGCCUGAAAUGUGAUCAUUGCAGCAAAACUUUCGAAACAAAACGAUAUCUCACGAAUCAUUUGCUGCGGAAGCACUUUAACAACAUGAAAAGUCACUUGUGCGACAAUUGCGGACUGAGAUUUUUGGGAAUUUCUGAGCUGCGGAACCAUAUAAGGGCAACGCACACCAACGAGCUUCCAUAUUCUUGUCAUUUGUGUCCCCGGUCGUAUCGAUCGUUGCAGAGCCUGAAAGUGCAUCUUACGAGUCAUUCAGACGUUCGAGCUUUUGUCUGUGAAACCUGCAGCUCGUCAUUCAAGACGCGCGGAGCCCUUUUCAACCAUCGCAGACUUCAUCAAAUCACCAACGACCCGUUCAUUUGCGAAAUUUGCUCCUCCAAAUUCACCACCAAGCUGUACUACGAGAAGCAUUUGCGCUCGCAUUCCAUUGAGGAGACCGUGCGAUGUCCCGUUUGCAACAAAUGCUUCAAAAAUCAGUCGAUUCUGAAGCUUCAUGCACGAACGCACACCGGCGAGAUGUUUCGAUGUAACGCUUGCCCCAAGGAGUACAAUACAAAGGAGAAAUUAUCAAAACAUUUUUUAUGCAGUCACAGCGGCCAAGAGAAAAAAUUCAAAUGUCACCUAUGCUCAUCUGCCUUUUACGUGAAUCACAAACUGAAUCGACAUCUGAGAAAUGUCCACAAAGUCGAAGUUACUGUUGAUCAGCGAAAAAUAAAAAAAUAUUGAGUUUCC